AUGUCUGCUUCGACGAGUUCUUCACCUACACCGAAGAACAAGACCUUUUCGCCCAAGGACGCUGAGGUCGAGGAAAGAAAGGGCCUUCUUAUUGAUGCGGACGAAAACUUGGAUGACCACGAUGAAUACUUUGAAGAUGACAUCCCAACGACUCGGUCCUCUUGGUCGCGGAGAAAGAUUACGACGACAGCCAUUGUGAUAAUUGGGCUACUGGUGACUGGGGCGCUGGCUCGUACCGUUCUGUUUGGUAGUCCUGGAAGAAUGACGAACCAUUCUGCUUUUUCUGGAGAAGAGCUGCGUUCCAAUGGCACGGCCUUGUUCAAACGAACCGUCGUCGUCGUCUCCAUUGACGGGUUAAGGGCAGACUAUCUGGACCGAGGUUUCACACCUCAUUUACUUGCACUCAGCAAAAAGGGUCUUCGAGCUAAAUCCAUGAAACCUAUAUUUCCAGUAAGUCGCGCAUAUAAUCAUUGGGCUAUAAUGACUGGUUUGCAUGCCGAAUCUCAUGGAAUAGUAGCAAAUAACUUCUGGGAUCCAGUUACUGGGGAAGAAUUCCAUUACAAUCAAAUUAAAUCUGCCUGGAUUUCAUCCUGGUGGUUUGGAGAACCUAUGUGGGAAACCGCUGAGAAGGCGGGCGUGACGGCAGCUAAUCUGAUGUGGCCCGGUCCCCCAAAAACCACAUCUGGAUCCUCCGCAACAUAUUUUGUCCCCUGGAAAGACAAAGUUCCCCUUGAAGACAAACUGAAGCAAAUUCUAAACUGGAUUGAUCUUCCUCUUGAUAAGAGACCACAGCUGAUAUUGGCCUAUGAACCUUCUCUUGACCAAGCGGGUCAUGCAACAGGUCCAUAUUCUGAGCGGGUUAACCAUACCCUUGUACAAGUGGACGUUUUUGCAAAGGAGCUUCAUGACUCCAUCGCCGCUCGCAAUCUAACCGAUAUAGUCGACAUCGUUUUUGUUAGUGACCACGGCAUGACAGAUACCAGUAAUCCUGAGCCAGUAUAUAUGGAUGACAUUUUAGGCAAGGAAGGGAUCGCUGCUAUCGCUCACGAGGAUGGCUGGCCAUCAAUGGGCCUUCGGUUCCAUGAGCACGCUAAUUUGUCGAAGCACCUCGACGCACUUUUAAAGGCUUCAGAUAAUAAUCCGGAGAAGUUUGACGUCUAUACCCACGAAACUAUGCCCGAGAGAUACCAUUUUGCGAACAAUGAACGCAUUGCUCCCAUAUAUGUCGUACCAAAGAUUGGAUAUAUUCUAACAACACAUGCAGAAGGCAAUACUGGCAUGAGCAAAGGGAAUCACGGAUACGACAACGAAGAAGUUUCGAUGCAGGCUAUGUUUGUCGCUCAUGGGCCAUUCUCUCACCAGGCUAAAGCACAGCACCAGCGACGAUCAAAAAUCGCGCAUCUAUCUUCUCGAGCUCAUGAAGGUUGGCACUCGACUUCGGACGACACGUAUAUCAUGAAUACUUUCCAGAAUGUUGAAAUCUAUAAUCUGGUGAUGAAACUUCUGGGUAUUGAGAACAUUGCUAAUAACAAUGGCACGCUCGGCUUCUGGGAUCAAUAUCUAUGA